UCUGAUUACCUAUAACUAGAGCAUCAUGGUACUGACGUCAGGGCGGGCGAAAUUCAAAAUGGCGACAUUUCAGAGGUGGCGAAGAAAGAGCAGCUCCGAGACUCAACGGUGUUCUGUGAAAAUAGACGGGCUGGUUGCACCACAGGUUUGCUGUCGUCUGACGUCUGAACUUUUAAAGUACCUCCUGUACGAGAGACAACAGAUACCGCUGCCUUACGAGCAAAUUAAAUUCGAUUUAAAAAGGGACGAAACCGUCAGACAGGAGACAAAGGACAAAGGAGUAACACCUGUAGUCAAAAGAUCCAAGUCACUGUUUCCUUCAAGUGAAAGAAAGCGCUGCAAGCAUGUUGUGGACUGCAUGGAGGAGCUGCUACCCCACCUUGAGGACCUAUUCUCCCUCACAUUCGUCCCUCAGGUCCUUAUCCUUAUUGGUGCAACAGCAGUCAGUCCAAAAGAGGCCUACAUCAUCAACUUUACUGAUGCCUUGACAACGUCCAAGGAAAACAGCUUGAGUGCCAAAAGUUGUAUCAGAAGCCUCCUCAGGGAAAUGGUCACCAAAGACUUUUUGCCAAUAUCCUCCAUGCCUCCCAUCACUAACACAAUCCUGCUAGUGAAGGCACACAGAGACUGUGGGCUGGAGUGGUUUGUGCCAAAGCUGACCUACAAGCUAGGAUCCCGAGGACAGCAAUACGAUAUCACCCUUGCUGGAACAGCACACCCAGGAGGUGAGCAGGUCCGUAUUGAAGAACAGGGACCAAAGGAUGACUACAUCUGGUAUCAAGCCCCCUUGUCUAUCAAGGGCUACAAGGAGAAAAGUGUAAGAGCCGCUAAGCCUGAAGAUAUAUGGAUUUGAAAUGGAUUAAAGAGGCUGGAAAAUUGCAAUAUCAUGUAGAAUACCAGUGACAGAAAAAAAAACCUUUGUGAGUUUGAGUGGCUUUCUAGCUAGGUUUUGUACUGUAUUGUCUUAUUGCUUUUUUUUCAAUGUGGUGAAAUGAAUUGGCUACAAUUUAUGUUAUUUUGAUCAUCUUACAACACAACAGCCUCUAUUGUAAUUUUUCCUUCACUUUAUUUUAUAAUAUGCACAAUGACAUUGUUUUUUUUCUAAAAUGUAGUUAUAUCUUGCUUGAUAAAUUUAAUUCAAGUGAGCCGUGUAACACAUGUAGCAGACACAUUUCUACUGUAUCAACAGUACUGUAUAUUUGUUGCAUAAUCCAAUGUGUGUUCUAUGCAUUCAAGUGCUUUUUGAUAUUACAGAAUAUCUUGUUAAAUGUUAGCAGACUAACAACUGUACUUGAUGCUUAAGUUCAUCUAUCUUGGGCAUUUCAUUGCAAGUCUCUUGUUGAUUUAUAAGGAAUUUUUUUUUGGCAGGCUACAUUUUUGGCAUUUGCUUGAACAUAAAUCUAUUGCAUUAUUUGUCUGAAGCUUGCCGAUAUUUCGCUGUACCUAAAACUAUACAUGAGUUACUAAUUAGUUAGCAUUAUUCUAAUUUACUUGAAAUUAGGCCUGUUUAUAAGAGGUGGAUGAUAAUGUAACUACUGAACAUGUAAAUUUUUUUCUGUUGGAUUUCCUAACUUUCAAUUGUAAUUCAGCUGUUGUAAUUUGUCUGAUAUGUACCAGGUUGAAUUCGUAACAAGAGAAUCUUUGAGCAAUGGAAACAUUGAUGCUCAUGCUUUUGCUUUCUUUGAUAGUUAUGUAGCAGUCUGCUAUAUUCAUUUUUAUGCUUGAAUAUAAACUAUAGCUUCAUUACCAUUUUAUGCCAUGUAUGAUUAUAAUCCCAAAUCACAGAGUACAAUACUCAGGAUAAUCAGUGUAUGUUCAGUGUGUAUUUGUGAGUUUUUGCAAUGUUCUUCGCUGUUGAUGUGCUGAUGCUGCUACAUAUUGCUGAUGGUUGUGCAAAGCCCUGAAUGACGUGUGUACCACACGCCUACAUAUCACCUGUAUUACAUGUACACCUAUGUGUAUACACAAUGUACUACAAAACUACUGCUAUGAUUAUCAUGGAAUAAACCAGACUUUGAUAA